AUGUCGCGCGCCGGUGCCCUUGAUGACUCUGAGAUCCAGUCCGAGAUGAACAAGAUGGUGGCUUUCAUCUCGCAGGAGGCUCGGGACAAGGCUCGUGAGAUUCAGAUCAAGGCCGACGAGGAGUUUGCAAUCGAGAAGGUGAGCUUGCUUCAUCGAGAUAUCGAGAGCGGAGCUGACGUCGAUCCUCUGUUGACAUUCCACGACCAAUCGCGAAUUGUGAAUACAGGCCAAGAUCGUCCGUCAGGAGUCUCUCGCCAUCGACGCCCAGUACGAGAAGAAGCGCAAGCAGGCCGAGGUUGGAUGGAAGAUUCGACUGCUCUCAACCAGUCUCGACUCGAGGUUCUCCGCAAGCGCGAGGAGCACCUCCAGCAGCUCUUCGACGAGGCCGGAAAGAAGGUCAAGGCGCUCUCUGACAGUGACAAGUACCCUGAGGCCAUGGAGUCGCUGGUUCUCGAGGACAAGGAUCUCGUGAAGAAGGCUUCGGACGCCGCCGUCAAGAAGUACAAGGACAUGUCUGGACGUACAUCAACCGUCGAGUACAAGGACUCGCUUCCUGACGACUCCGCUGGUGGAGUUAUCGGCUCCUCCAUGCAGGGACGUAUCAAGGUCGACAACACCCUCGCCGAGCGUGUCAAGAUCCUCGAGGAGAAGAUGCUUCCCGAGCUCCGUGAGGACCUGUUCGGCAAGAACCCUAACCGCAAGUUCUACACCGUGAGUAUCCCUUCGCAUCUCAGUGACUGA